AUGUUCACGCCAGCCUCUCUGGGCCAUGGGCGCCGAGGAGCCUGCUGCCGGCGGGCCAGGUUCGAGGACGGCAUCGACCGCUUCACGCUGAGGUUCGCAGACCCGAUGCGGGAGGACGGCUUUGCUCACGCCCACAAGGCGCCCCUGUGCAACUACACGACGCUGGCUAUGGUCGCCCUUGUCGCCUCCAGCUUCCUGGGUGGCCUGAUCGCCCACAGGUUCUGGGACAACGCCCAGUACCCCACGGCGGAGGCGAGGGAGCUCAGCAGGUGGCAGCUGCGCAUCGGCAUGAUGAUGACCACACCCUGCGCCCUCGCCCUCGGGUCUGGGAUACUGCUGGCCAGGUAUAAUAUCAUCAGCACGCUUGGGUUAGAAAUCAUCGUCGUCUCUGCCAGCACCUGCUACAUGAUAGUGAUGGUCAUCAUCCCGAAGCACUACAUGGCCCGACUCUUCGGCCACGGCGACCCCGAGGAUAUCUGGGGCGUGGACCUGGGCGGCACCGACGGCCAGACGGUGCUGUACAUCGACUGCGUGGUCACCGCCCUGCACCUGCUGCUGCCCAUCCGCUGGAUGAUCCUCUUCCCCAUGGAGGUCAUCGCCGUCCUGGCCUACACGGUGCCCGCGCUGCUGCUCGGCAGUCCUGCCAUGAACAUGGUGCCGCCCUACAAUGUCAUGGGGCUCCUGCUGCUCACGGUUUUCGCGGCCAUAGGGCGGCGGUCCUUCGAGAGGCAGGAGCGCCUGCUGUUCGCGGGGCUCCUGCUGGAGAAGCAGAUGCGCUUCCAGGCCGAGUUCGAGCUGUCGAAGCUGGGGAAGCUGGGCAGCCGCGAGGCCGCGGUGGUGUCGGACCGCGGCUCCGACGAGGUGUCGUGCCCGGGGACGACCAUGAGCGCGGCGGCCUUCGACGGUGGCGCAGGGCAUGCGUCCCUGGACCAGAUCCGCUCCAUAGGCCAGCGGGAGCACUGGCUCAUCGGCAGCGGGCAGGUGGAGCUCUUGGCUGACAGGGUCCUGGGCGUCGGCGGCUUCGGCAUCGUCGCCGCUGGCCUGUACCACAACACCCUCGUGGCGGUGAAGGCGCCGAAGCAGGACAUCCUGAGGCGGGGCGCCAUGGGCUCGAGCCUGCCCGAGCUCUGCAACGAGCUGAGGGUCCUGCGGCGCAUCCGCCAUCCCAACAUCGCCUUCCUGUACGGGGCGUGCAUGGACGCGGCCCUCAGCAAGCUGAGCCUGGUGCUCGAGUUCGUGGACGGCGUGCCCCUGGGCGCGUUCGUCAGCGGCAUGCACCGCACGCGGAGGGUCCAGAGGCCAGGGGCCCGCCGGCCAGCGCCUCCGCGCGGUGCCUCAUCGUGUCCGACAUCCUGA